AUAAUAAAUCCUCCCCUUCCUCCCGCAGCCCAAGCCGCUCGCUCCUCCCUCUUACUUUCUCUCUCUAAAACCUCCAGAUUCGGAAAAGCUCUCUCUCUCUUUCUCUCUCUAGAACUCCCAGAACUACUUCUCAGUUCGUUGAAUCCAUAACUUCCUUAAGUUCGAAUUCAACUGCGUCGUUUAGCGGAAGGAGAGGGAGAAUAAAGAGUGUGUUUUUGUGGUGUGAGGAUGCAAUCGAACGGCUCUGAUUCGUCGGUGCAGCAGCAGGAGGAGCAGCAACAGAAUAAUAACCAACGGCCGCAGCCGCAACAGGCUCAAGCCCAGACGACGCCGCCGCCGCCGCAGCAGCAGCAGUGGAUGGGGAUGCAGUACCCGGCGGCGGCGAUGGUAAUGCAGCACCAGAUGAUGCCGCCGCAGCAUUACGCGACGCCUCCGCCUCCGCCGCAGCACUACAUGGCGUACCACCAGUACCAGCAGCAGCAGCACGUACAACACCUCCAGCAGCAGCAGUUGGGAUCUAGCGGUGAGAACAAGACCAUCUGGGUGGGCGAUUUGCACCAUUGGAUGGACGAGAAUUACCUCCACACCUGCUUUGCAUCCACUGGCGAGAUUGCCUCCAUUAAGGUUAUUCGCAAUAAGCAGACUCUUUUAUCAGAGGGCUACGGAUUCGUAGAAUUUUUUUCACAUGCAACAGCUGAGAAAGUUCUACAGAACUACGCUGGCAUUCUAAUGCCCAACACAGAGCAGCCCUUCCGUCUGAACUGGGCUACAUUUAGCACGGGUGAUAAGCGUUCAGAUAAUGCUCCUGAUCUUUCCAUUUUUGUAGGAGAUUUAGCUGCAGAUGUUACAGAUAGUUUAUUGUACGAAACUUUUUCUAGUAAAUAUCCAUCUGUUAAAGCUGCAAAAGUUGUCUUUGAUGCCAAUACUGGCCGUUCAAAGGGAUACGGUUUUGUGAGGUUUGGAGACGAGAAUGAAAGGUCACAGGCUAUGACUGAAAUGAAUGGUAGCUUUUGUUCCAGCAGGCCUAUGCGCAUCGGGGCCGCAACUCCUAGGAAAUCAUCUGCGUAUCAGCAACAAUACUCUUCACAAGGGGGUUAUGUUUCAAAUGGUACACCAACCCAAGGAUUCCAAUCUGAUGGAGAUUCUACGAACACAACAAUAUUUGUUGGGGGGCUUGAUCCUAAUGUUACUGAUGAAGAUCUCAGGCAGCCCUUCUCUCAGUAUGGUGAGAUAGUUUCCGUUAAAAUACCAGUUGGAAAAGGAUGUGGAUUUGUACAAUUUGCUAACAGAAAUAACGCCGAGGAGGCAUUGCCGAAACUGAAUGGCACAGUAAUUGGCAAGCAAACAGUCCGCCUUUCAUGGGGUCGCAAUCCAGCAAAUAAGCAGCAGUUCAGAUCGGAUUUUGGCAACCAAUGGGGAGGUGCCUCCUACUAUGGAGGACCUGUUUAUGAAGGUUACGGUUAUGCUCUACCACCACAUCAUGACCCAAGCAUGUAUGCUGCAGCUGCGGCCGCAUAUGGAGCUUAUCCGGUGUAUGGCACCCACCAACAACAAGUAAGUUGAGACAGCAGCUCCUGCGUACGGUAGCAACCUACCAUCAGUGAGCAAACCGAGUAAGCUGCGUAAGUAGUUUAGAAAUCAGACUUAAUGGAUCUGUAAUUUGCUCGGCUCUCUAGAAUUCUUAUAAAUCCCUCUAAUUGUGGAGUGGAACUGAAUUUUGACAACUUAAGGUAGUUAUGCAAGGGAUUUCGUUGAUCAUUUCUUCAGAUUUACGUAAUUUUUAGGGAAACUAUUAUUCGAUCA